AUAUCACCGAAAAAAGUACAGCUUUCUCCCGGUCCUUCUCUUCUCUCUCCCUCUCACACACACAAAAAAGGAAAACGCUCUCUAAAUUCUGGGUGAGAAUCAAAAUCCUAUCAUUUGGUGAUCUCCGAUUUUGAUUUUUCCUAAAGGAAUCGAAAAUGGGGAGUUUGGGAGCGAUUUUGAAACACCCAGUUGACAUAUACCCAUUGCUGAAGCUGAAAAUGGCAGCUAAGCAUGCUGAAAAACAAAUCCCACCUGAACCUCACUGGGCUUUCUGUUAUUCUAUGCUCCAUAGAGUCUCUCGUAGCUUUGCUCUCGUUAUCCAACAACUUGACACAGAACUCCGUAACGCUGUAUGCAUAUUUUAUCUGGUUCUUCGAGCCCUUGACACUGUUGAGGAUGAUACAAGCAUACCUACAGAUGUCAAAGUGCCUAUCCUGAUAGCUUUUCACCGCCACAUAUAUGAUCAUGACUGGCAUUUCUCAUGUGGUACCAAGGACUACAAGGUUCUCAUGGACCAGUUUCAUAAUGUUUCAAAUGCUUUUCUGGAGCUUGGAAAAGGUUAUCAUGAGGCAAUCGAGGAUAUUACCAAAAGAAUGGGUGCUGGAAUGGCAAAGUUUAUCUUGAAGGAGGUGGAAAGCAUUGAUGACUAUGAUGAAUAUUGCCACUAUGUAGCAGGACUUGUUGGAUUGGGCCUGUCCAAACUCUUCCAUGCCUCUGGAUUAGAAGAUUUGGCACCAGAUAGCCUCUCCAAUUCAAUGGGUUUGUUUCUUCAGAAAACAAACAUUAUUCGUGAUUAUUUGGAGGACAUAAACGAGAUACCUAAGUCACGCAUGUUUUGGCCUCGCGAGAUUUGGAGCAAAUAUGUCAACAAACUUGAGGACUUGAAACAUGAAGGGAACUCGGUGAAGGCAGUGCAGUGCUUGAAUGAUAUGGUUACCAAUGCCUUGAUACAUAUGGAUGAUUGCUUGAAGUACUUGUCUGAAUUGCGGGAUCCUGCUAUAUUUCGGUUUUGUGCUAUUCCUCAGAUCAUGGCGAUUGGAACUCUAGCCAUGUGCUACAACAAUGUCAAUGUCUUCAGAGGUGUAGUGAAGAUGAGGCGAGGUCUUACCGCUCAAGUUCUUCAUCAAACGAAAACAAUGGAUGAUGUCUAUGGUGCUUUCUUCGACUUCUCUUGUAUGCUGAAGUCCAAGGUUGACAACAGCGAUCCUAAUGCAAUAAAAACCUUGAGCAGGCUGGAAGCAGCACAAAAAUCUUGCAGGGAAUCUGGGGCUCUAAACAAAAGGAAAUCUUACAUAAUUAGGAAUGAGGCAAAAUAUAAUUCUGUUCUGAUCGUCCUACUUUUCGUUUUAUUGUCUAUUAUUUUCGCGUAUCUCUCUGCCAACAGAUCAAGUUACUAGGGAUGGUCCAUUUAUUGAGUUAUCGGUGUGCGCAUAUGGAUGAUGACUGGCUACACAAGUGACUGCUAUAUUCCAUGGAAGCUGCUUUCCUUAUAUUUGUGUACAACAUUAAAAUGGCUAAAGUUUGACUCAAUGCAUCCAAUAUUAUAAUGUUAUUACAGUUCCCUUAGCUUCCA